GCGGCGGCGGUGGCGGCGGCGGCGGCGGCGGGCGGAGCUGAGGGCAGCGGACUUGGGGCGAAGCUGGGCCGUCGUCGUCCACCGAGCACAGCUUGUAGGUUGAUUGGAAUAAGAGAUCUGACCUGGUUGGCCCACCUGGACCUCUCUCCGAGGAAAAUUCGUGUUCUUGCUAAGAGGAGUGAGUGAGCCAGAUCAAGAUGAAUGCUAUGCUGGAGACCCCCGAGCUCCCGGCCGUGUUUGACGGGGUGAAGCUGGCUGCUGUGGCCGCCGUGCUGUAUGUGAUCGUCCGCUGUUUGAACCUGAAGAGCCCCACCGCUCCACCUGACCUCUACUUCCAGGACUCAGGGCUCUCGAGGUUUCUGCUCAAGUCUUGUCCUCUUCUUACCAAAGAAUACAUCCCACCAUUGAUCUGGGGGAAGAGUGGACACAUCCAGACAGCCUUGUAUGGGAAGAUGGGAAGGGUGAGGUCACCACACCCGUAUGGACACCGGAAGUUCAUCACCAUGUCUGAUGGAGCCACGUCUACAUUCGACCUCUUUGAGCCCUUGGCUGAGCACUGUAUUGGAGAUGACGUCACCAUGGUCAUCUGCCCUGGAAUCGCCAAUCACAGCGAGAAGCAGUACAUCCGCACCUUCGUGGACUAUGCCCAGAAAAACGGCUAUCGGUGUGCAGUGCUCAACCACCUGGGUGCCCUCCCCAACAUCGAGCUGACCUCGCCACGCAUGUUCACCUACGGCUGCACGUGGGAGUUCGGCGCCAUGGUGAACUACAUCAGGAAGACGUAUCCUCUCACCCAGCUCGUCGUCGUGGGCUUCAGCCUGGGGGGGAACAUCGUGUGCAAAUACUUGGGGGAGACCCAGGCGAACCAAGAGAAGGUUCUGUGCUGCGUCAGCGUAUGCCAGGGGUACAGCGCGCUGAGGGCCCAGGAGACCUUCAUGCAGUGGGACCAGUGCCGGCGCUUCUACAACUUCCUCAUGGCCGACAACAUGAAGAAGAUCAUCCUGUCACACAGACAAGCUCUUUUUGGAGACCACGUGAAGAAACCCCAGAGCCUGGAGGACACAGACUUGAGCCGGCUCUACACGGCCACGUCCCUGACGCAGAUCGAUGACAACGUGAUGAGGAAGUUCCAUGGCUACAACUCCCUGAAGGAGUAUUAUGAGGAGGAGAGCUGCAUGAGGUACCUGCACAGGAUUUAUGUGCCUCUCAUGCUGGUGAAUGCAGCUGAUGACCCGCUGGUGCAUGAAAGCCUUCUAACCAUCCCCAAGUCUCUUUCAGAGAAGCGGGAGAACGUCUUGUUUGUGCUGCCUCUGCAUGGGGGCCACCUGGGCUUCUUCGAGGGGUCCGUGCUGUUCCCCGAGCCCCUGACGUGGAUGGACAAGCUGGUGGUGGAGUACGCCGAUGCCAUUUGCCAGUGGGAACGGAACAAGUCCCAGUGCUCCGACACGGAGCAGGUGGAGGCCGAGCAGGAGUGAGGCCGCUGGACUCCCGGCGACUCCAGCCCUCCGGAAGCCGCGUCCUUCCCCGCUGUCUCAGUGAACCGGAUCGGACCUCACACCGUCAGCCGACAGGACCAUCCACCCGCAUACCUGGGUCAAGUAGGCGGCUCUCCCUGGGGCUGCAGGUUAUUUUUGUGCUUAGUUACUGGCUUUCCCCAUCCAGUUUGUUAGCCAUGGGGACAAGCGACCUGGCACGCCUCCUGUCGAAUCUCAGCGUCCGACCUCUUGUUAGCCAGUCACAUCUAGUUUCCCUAUUAAACACGUGUCUGAACUGCAGCUUUGCUUUGCCCAUCGGAAGGCUUUUCCCUGACCACGUGUCACCUUGUGACCACUGUGCGUGACCACUGUGCACCGCCAAGCCAGGCCGGUGCCCACAGCACAGCUCAGCUUGGGAGCCCAAGGACCUGGCCUCCAGGGCUCAGAGUUCUGUCUCUUACCUGGCAAAGGAAAGGGCCCCGGGGUGGAGCUCAGGGGUGGGGCUUUGCCAGGCAGGCUCCAGGCCCUGGGUUCCAUCCCCAGCACGGCAGAUUAAAACCCAUUCCCGCCCGUUGUUAGCCAGCUUUCUCCCUCACCUGCAAGCCGGUUUCUCAGUCCUGGCUUACUGCUGCAGAGGGUCGCACGGGGCACUUUUUACAAAUUUGGCCUCCCAGGCCCCUCCCCUCAGAGAGGCUGAUUGAGUGGGGGGAUGGGAGGAGUCUGGGGAUUUUAAUUUUUAACAAGUGCCCCAGGGGACUCUCAUCACCAGGCAGAGAUUGGGGACCGGAUUCUCCAGCGCCUUCUCAAUCAGGAGCCAUGGGUGGCUCAUUUUGUUGAACUCCUAUAACCAAGUGUCUCUUUCCCACCCAGGACCCUAGCUGGUCUUGGAUUACAUGGUGACUUUCUCCCAUAGCCCUGGGUGUGAGCGAUCGUGUGGGCUGAACCCUGGCUCUACUACUUCUCAGUGAUGAAACCGGGGGGCUUCACCAGGGUGACCACCAGUUCUGAAGUCCGGUGACAGAGUCACAGUGCUGACGCUCGGGCGAGCACCCCCACCCCUCCAGUCCAGCCCGGGGCUAGCUCCCAUCUAAGCAUGUAAAUGUCCUCAUGUGUCUUUCUCUUCUCGCUCCUCCCCCCGUCCAUGUAAAGAGAUUUGUGGGGGAGGAGGAGCUUUAAAGCACUCAGUUGUAAUUUUUAGUUUUUGAACCCAGGCCCCUCUACCUCUGGCUUUUUGAUACCAAACAAUUCAAAAGCCGGAUCUGAGUUUGAAGAAAGAUUGUAUCCGACCUACAAGGCGGGUGUUGAUUGCAAGCAGCUUUCAUGGACUAGCUCCUGGGUGUUGCCUGCCCAGGCACCUCUGUGACACCUUUGUCUCUUGAGGCGGACACGUCACUGUAGGAUUCAAGAGCUCCUGCCUGCAGCCCUGCAGCUCUUGAGAAGCUAAGAGCCUAGUGCUGUGAAAGCCAGCAGCGGCUGCCUGGAACUGGACAGAACUGUGAGGGAAGUCAGCUGGACACCGUAACAAGAUGCUCGUUGGGCUGGAGGACAGACUGGAAUGUCGGGAGUGGGUCUGCGCAUGCGUCUCAGCAGUGACUGGAGCCACCGGAACACCUGGUCUUGGCCGCUGGCAGCUUGACCUCAGGCCCUGGCCGUGGCUGUGACUUCCAUAACCUGAGUUGUUUUCUGACAAUCACCAGGUCACCCUAAGUAACACGAGACACAGCCAUUGGCUCAGAAGAUUCCCUUUCUGGGCUCUCAACUCUGCCAUGGUCUCCUUUUUCAUGUUCACCAGAUCCCUGCAUUUUGCUUUUCCCCCAAGUCAUCAUUUCUCCAAUGCAUUUUUUAUGUUCUUUUAGCACAAAAUAGCACUUUAUUACCUACCCCUUCAUUUGGAAGCCAGUCCCUCUCCUCUGACUCUUUCCUCUCUCCGACCACACUAAAAGAUUCAGACUGCACUUGCUUUCAUUCCUCCAGAUUUUUUGUGAAAAUAGGUGAACCAAGCAAUAAUUCAGCAGAUUCGAAUCCCGUUUCAUCCGCCUGGGGCCCCAUCGCCACCUACUGACAGGGAGCGGUCCAGCAGCGCCCCCUUCUGGGGAAGAGUCCCAUUGCCUGCUGGCAGCGCUGAUGGGGGUGCAGUGUCCUUGCCCCCCAGGGGUAUGGACUUUGCCACUGCACAGCCGGAACCCCCAGCCCCCCGGAGGGAGGACGCGUCCCAGCUGGAAUCUCAAUGUGUGACUGAAUGGCACUCACAUUCCAUUUUGGUUCACAUGAAACGAACUGAGGCCCUUUCUUCAUUCAGGCCCCAGACCCACAGGCCUGGGAACGAGCUGAGACUGAGGCUGUCUUUCAGGCAGUCUCUUUGCCCAGGGCACAGAGCUCCCAGUGCAGGGUGAGCCUGGAGCGCCACUUCCUCAUGGCCACGUGACUGCUCUUCUUCCUAUUGAGGUCCUGUCUGGCCUAAAACAAGACUGGGUUUCUAGAGUGCUGGAACAUUCUUCUUUAAAAUCAAAGGAACCAUGUUAAAAGCCAAAGGGGAGAUGGACCCACAUUUCCCCAGUUGUCCCCCUCCCCCCCAAUUUGGAGAUGCUGAUUCCAGUCACAUCAGGACUGUCGGACUCAAGAACAACUGGCCUCUCUCCGAAGCAGUGAUGUAAGAAGGGAGGUUUGCAGACUUGGGGAAGAUCCGUGGUCUUGGUGGGUUUGGGCGAAUUUGUACCAACAGCCCUCACGCGGAGCAGAGAUGGCAGGCUGCGGCUACUGUGAUCCGUAAGCUCCGUUUGCUUUCCUGACGUGGUGUCCGGGAGGUCUGGCUGCUCCCCUGUGUCGCUAGUCACCUUAGUGAUGACUGGUCCCUCCAACUCCUCCCAGCUCAUCGCUAAGACGGCUCCAUCCUCCUCGGCAUCCUGUGCCGGCCAUGGCCCUGGCCUCCCCAGAGCGGCAGGUGGACGCAGCUGGGCCACAGCCCCGGGCUGGAUCGUCUCCGGGGGGCCCUUGGAGAGGGAGUUGUGCAUUCAGCCUUUCCUCAUUAGAGCCCUGGACCCCGUCCAAGGCCCCAUCUUUGGCUUCUUUUUCCAAGUCUGUCACCUGUGUCCUUGGGUGGUCUCGUGACCAUGGCAGGUGCUGGCCACUGAGAUGAGAGACAGAUGCCAUCUUGCCGCGUCACCCGUCAGAAAGCGCUUCCUGCUCAGCCUUUCAUUCCCAGACCAUCUUGGCCGCGCUGAACUCUGGAUCGCCGAGCUUGUCCGAGGCCUGGCGUCUGGAUGAGAGCUGCCUUUGUGUCUGGGUGAUCUGAGAUGGGUUUUAGACUUCCGGGGAAACCGCGGGGUGUGUGUUCUUGUGUGUGUCUGCCAGCAGCAGGUGUCGGAGAUGUGAGCGGCCUUUCUGUUCCCGUGGUCUCGAUCUUGAUGUAGCGCUAAGGACCCCUGACAGCCCGUGCUGCUGAAGGAAGCCCGCGGACGGGAGGGCUGGCAGGGAAAGCGUUCCAUUGCAGCGUCCAGCCCAGCGUCACCCAGAAUUGUCAUCCUUGCCACGAAGCCUUAACUUGCUUUGGAAGCCCCCCUGGCAUUACAGCAACAUCGUGAACGAGGCUCAAACCCACAGCCAGACCAGGACAUCCUACAGCGGACGGGAAGGGUCCUUGUCACGUGACACCCCCACCUCCCAGGCCUAAAUAAUCCCAGAGAGCCAGAGCAAGGCCCAAACGCCUCAGCUGUGGCUCCUCCAUCAUCUUGGCCUUACUUUCGUUCAAAGCCACGUUGCAUUGCUCAGAUGCUUCCAAAAGCCAUGAAAACUGGCCUGGCCGUGGCAUUUAAGGGUCAAGUGACUGCAGGCAAGUUAUCUGUUCCCUAAGCGGAGGGAAGCACCCCCUCCCCCUUAAAAGUUGGAAUUGCUUUCGCCAAGUUGUACUUUUAGCUGAGAGAAGGGGAACUGCCCUCCCCUCCCCGCCCCCUCCCCGCCCCCCGCAGGCAGCAGGAGUCAGAUACCAUCCAGAGCGAGGGGGUCUUCGACGGCCCCCCUGGGGUGGCUGCAACCCCCCUCCCCCCACAAUCACGGCCCCGCCCCGGGCAGUGAGACACAGUUCAACCCUACAGCCCUUCCCAGACGCGCACACAGGGGCAGCUGCCCCUUUGGAAGUUCAGGCUUUUCCUAGCAUGCGUCUUCGGGUGUCCCUCGAUGAGCAAGCUGAAGUUGGUUUCUUUGUGGAGGACCAAGUCUGCCAUCCUGAGAUUCGGGAGGUCUUCAGCUGUUAGCCCGACGCCUCGCAAUCCGUCAUGAAAUCCAUAACCCAGCUUCUCUCCCUUCCGGUCCCCACUGGCCCAGAAACCCACUGUUGCCAUCAUUGAGGAAGUCCACUGCUGGUCCCUGGCCUCGGGCAGUCGCCUCCCACGUAGGACCCCCUUGUUCCCUGUGCCAGCCUUCUUUUCCCCCUGGCUGUCCUGGGGUGGGGGUGGAGGUCAGGAGUUAGAGUGUGUCUGCUUGCCAUGUUUCUUUGGGUCUUUCUUUUGCUAAAGCACAAAUCCACCCCAGUUCCAGGCCGGCUGGGUCUGCCCCACCGCGAAGGGGCCGCCUGCACCUCACCUUUCACCUGCCGCUGGCUGCUGCAGCUGCCCCAGCGCCACUAAGGGCCGAAGGACGGAGGGAGGGAUGGCCGGAAGGGUUCACAUCGCUCCUUUUCCACAUGAGACCCCCAUAGGUUGGCGGAGCUGUGUGCAGAUUGAUGUUAGAAGCAUCAAUCUCACAUUCCUGAUUCUGGGUUGGGUUUGGUUUUGUCCUCUUGUGCUUUUCCGAAAUCGCCGAUGCUACCCUGAAAACAAACUGUGUUGAGUUCUCGUUCCAAAAGUCCCUGUGCGGCUGGAUCUUUGGGGCAGGGGUGUUGUGGAAGACAGGAUCCUUCAGGGCGGAGGCAUUUAAGGUUUGCAACUAGCAAUGCAAUUUUUUCUAAACAUGAGGAUAUUUACCUUUAUUAAGAAAUUGUACUAAACAGUCGUGUCCUUGGUUGUUUUACGUUCUCAUGUUACUUUUGAUUCUACUUUGAUUCUGUGUGGUGGUAAAAAAAAAAUCAUUACAAACAAAAACUGUAAUUUCUUAUCUUUGAUUCAAUGGGAUUUCUUUACUUAAAAAAAUAAAGACUAAAAACAUAA